GUUAGUUUUAGGGUUUGGCUUGACGUUGACAAAAAAUUUAGUGGUGACUCUAGUAGCAGCCAUGCGUAAAUUUUAAAGUUAUUUUUACCUUAGUUUAGUUUAUAAUUUGACGUUUGGGUGACACAAAUGAUUUUUAAGGCAACGUUUUAAAUUUAUUAUUCUAUUGAGCUUUCACAUCUAGGUCAAUUCGACCUAACCAUGGAUUCAAUAGAAAACAAUUUGUGUUUGCUGUUAGAUGGCCUGGCCCUUCAAGACAGUGAAGAAUUGUGUGACUUUUCCCUUGCAGAUCAGAAUGAAGCUAUAGCUGCUAAGGGGGUAACUCCCUCGACACCAUCUGAUUUUGUUCCUGUUGUUAAGAACACUGUGACAUACAUUGUCAUGGCAGUACUUUUCAAUGAUGACGGAGAAAUAUUGAUGAUGCAAGAAGCCAAAAGCUCAUGUGCAGGCCAGUGGUACCUCCCUGCCGGCAGAAUGGAACCUGGAGAGGACAUUGAGGAAGCUGUGAAAAGAGAAGUCCUUGAAGAGACUGGCCUGUACAUGGAGCCUACCUCUCUCAUCAUGGUCCAGUGUGCCAGCAAAGCUUGGUUCAGGUUCAUACUAGCUGGUCAUGUCACUGGCGGCACACUGAAGACUCCUGGGCAAGCCGACUCUGAAUCCCUACAGGCCAAGUGGGUGAAGGACCCAGAGCAGAUGAGUCUGAGAUGCAAGGACAUCUUGUCAGUGGUGGAGAGAGGACAUCAGUUCAGACUGAGACAAGAGCCCCAACACCCUAGCAUGUUGCCUGCAGUGCGACCACAUCAUAAGCUGUUGUUGAGAUUCGUUAUCCUCGCCAGACAGAAGAGCAGCAACCGAGUACACAUAUUGCUGUCAGAGAAGACUGAAGUGCACUUGCCAAUUUGUGAGGUCAAUCAUCAUCACAAUUUACAUUCAACCAUCCGAAAGUUCAUGGUGGAGAUCUUUGGUGCAGACGUGCCUCCUCACAAGCCCCAUGGUGUGCUGAGUGUAGAACACUGUGGUAAGCCCGAGGGUGCUCAUGACGGCCUCCUCAUGACCAUUCUGAUAGCCUUCCGGGUGCCUCUAGAACAGGUGUUUCCCAUAGACAAGUAUACCUGGCUGAUGGUAGGUGGUGGUUUGGGAGAUAAACUCAUUCAGCGUGUACCUCGUAACAUGACUGUACCACUGCACGUCAUCUCCUAGUGGACUGUACACUCUACAAGUAAAUAUUAACCUGGUACUAUCACAAUGCAAAGAACUGAAGAGGGCUAGGACUCCAAAUCACAGACAAAUUUUAUUUGAUUUGUUUAGUAGAUAGAUAUUGACUGAAUGUUUACUUAUAAAUUACGGUAAGAUUGUCAAAAUUUUCUAUUUUUUUAUUUGAUUAUAAAACUUUAUGUUAUUACAGUUGAAACAAACAUUUAACUUUUGAAUAUAGUUGCCGAUAAAAUUAUUUAGAUUUUUUUUAUCCGUGUAGAAUUUCUUAUCCAUUUUUAUACUUGACCGCUGAACUUGACUAUCCUGAUAGUGAAUUUCCCAUAGGGAAAGGGAAUAAGCUACAUUUCAUCUGAAUUUUCAUCUUAAAAUUGAAAGUACAUUAAUAUGACAUUAAAUUUUGUCAGGACAUAUGAACAAUUUACAUUGAAGGUUGAUGAGUGUUAUGGAUGAUUCAAUUUUAUCCAAGCAUCUAGUGAAAAAGAAACUAGGGUGAAAUGAAGGUUUUGUCUGAGGUACCACCAAAUAUAAAUAUUGAUAGGUUAUAGAGUUUUUGCAAGCAAAUUCAAUAAAUACUUAACAAAUUCAAUUGUCUUGGCUGUUAUGCUCAAGUUUAACAUAAUUAUAGCUUAUGUAGUUUUAAAUGUAUUUAAAAGUGCCUGAUUAAUAUUUAUUGCAUUGUUGAAAAUGUUUUAAGAUUUUAAUGAGCUUGAAUGGCUGAACAUAAUUCUAUUUUGUUAUUUUAAUCUCAAUGUAAUGAAGUACUUGUAGAAAAAAAUGUAUUUAUGAGCUUAAAUAACAUUUAAUUUUAAUUUUGCCUAAAGGAUGUUUCUAAUGGGAAAUACAACAAAUUAGUUUUACAAUCUAUACAGGUACUCUUUUUGAUACUUGAAUAAAGAGAGUGAGAAUUAAAAAAAAUUAACAGUUGUACAAAAUAGAUAUAUUCAUAUAUGGUUUUAUCUUUACUUCUUCUAUGUGCUGUGUAUAUUUAUUUUAUACUAUUUUAAUUUUGAAUGAUGUUUUAUAUUGUUUAUAAUCAAAUAUAUUUAUUUUAUAUUUCAGUUAUUUUAAACAUUACUACUUGUUGUAAUAAUAUCCUUUAUUUCUUUUGUAUGGUGAUGGAGACUGAAUUUGUACUUAACUAUUGCCAUUACAUUCAUGUAGAUAAAAGUAAUGUUGGCCCUUGCCUCUUUAGAGGAAUUUUACAAAUUUUAAAUCCACCGUCAAUACAUUAUUUUUGUAUGUUAUAAUACUAUUUAAAUGUUACUAAUUGUUUAUGACCUUGAUUGUGCUUAUACAUCAUCAUCCAUUUGUUCAUCACAUGUUAGCAAUGUUAUUGCUUUUUCCGUUACCGUAAGGUUUAUGAAUUUGAUGAGAGUUAUUUAUUGUUGUUGAUUGAUUUCUAACAGAGAAAAAACAUCUCUAACCGAAUUUUAUUACAGUGAUGCUGGCAAAUUGUAUCUAUAUAAUUUAUUUUAAGGAUGGUUAUCAAAUUUUAUAUAUUGUUUAUUUUUGUUAAUAAAAUGA